GCGGGCGCCCCUUGUGACCUGAGCGUGGCGGCCGGGCAGGGGCCGCUGAAUGGCGGCUCGCUGAGGCGGCGCGGCCGUGGCUGCUCUGGGCGUGGCGUGGCGUGGCGGCGGCCGGGGUGAUGCUGCUCAAGCUCUUACAGAGACAGACCUAUACCUGCCUGUCCCACAGGUAUGGGCUCUACGUCUGCUUCGUGGGCGUCGUUGUCACCAUUGUCUCCGCCUUCCAGUUCGGAGAGGUGGUUCUGGAAUGGAGCCGGGAUCAGUACCAUGUUUUAUUUGAUUCCUACAGAGACAAUAUUGCUGGAAGGUCCUUUCAGAAUCGGCUCUGUCUGCCCAUGCCAAUCGACGUGGUUUAUACCUGGGUGAAUGGCACAGAUCUUGAACUACUGAAGGAACUACAGCAAGUCCGAGAACAGAUGGAGGAGGAACAGAAAGCAAUGAGAGAAAUCCUUGGGAAGAACACAACAGAACCAACCAAGAAGAGUGAGAAGCAGUUGGAAUGUUUGUUGACACACUGCAUUAAGGUGCCAAUGCUCAUCCUGGACCCAGCCCUACCGGCCAACGUCACACUGAAGGACCUGCCAUCUCUUUAUCCUUCUUUUCGUUCUGCCAGUGACAUAUUCAACGUUGCAAAACCAAAAAACCCUUCCACUAAUGUCUCAGUUGUUGUCUUCGACAGUGCUAAGAAUGUUGAAGAUGCCCAGAAUGGAAUGUUUAAGGGAAACAACAAACAGACAGUUUGGAGGGGCUAUUUGACCACGGACAAAGAAGUCCCUGGGUUAGUGCUAAUGCAGGAUUUGGCUUUCCUGAGUGGAUUUCCACUGACAUUCAAGGAAACAAAUCAACUAAAAACAAAAUUGCCAGAAAAUCUUUCUUCUAAAAUAAAACUGUUGCAGUUGUAUUCAGAGGCCAGUGUAGCACUUCUGAAACUGAAUAACCCCAAAGAUUUCCAAGAACUGAACAAGCAGACCAAGAAGAAUAUGACCAUUGAGGGAAAAGAACUGACUAUAAGUCCUGCAUAUUUAUUAUGGGACCUGAGUGCCAUCAGUCAGUCUAAGCAGGACGAAGAUGUCUCCGCCAGCCGCUUUGAAGACAACGAAGAGCUGAGGUACUCCCUGCGAUCCGUUGAGAGGCACGCGCCGUGGGUUCGCAACAUCUUCAUUGUCACCAACGGGCAGAUUCCCUCCUGGCUGAACCUUGAUAAUCCUCGAGUGACAAUAGUCACACACCAGGAUGUUUUUCGAAAUUUGAGCCACUUGCCUACCUUUAGUUCACCUGCUAUUGAAAGCCACAUUCAUCGCAUCGAAGGGCUGUCCCAGAAGUUUAUUUAUCUGAAUGAUGAUGUCAUGUUUGGGAAGGAUGUGUGGCCAGAUGAUUUCUAUAGUCACUCCAAAGGUCAGAAGGUGUAUUUGACAUGGCCUGUGCCAAACUGUGCUGAGGGCUGCCCGGGUUCCUGGAUCAAAGAUGGCUAUUGUGACAAGGCUUGUAAUAAUUCAGCCUGCGAUUGGGAUGGCGGGGACUGCUCUGGUAACAGUGGUGGGAGUCGCUAUGCCGCAGGAGGCGGGGGUACUGGGAGUAUUGGAAUUGGACAGCCCUGGCAGUUUGGCGGAGGACUAAACAGUGUCUCUUACUGUAAUCAAGGAUGUGCUAAUUCCUGGCUUGCUGAUAAGUUCUGUGACCAGGCUUGCAAUGUCUUGUCCUGUGGGUUUGAUGCUGGCGACUGUGGGCAAGAUCAUUUUCAUGAAUUAUAUAAAGUAACACUUCUCCCAAACCAGACUCACUAUGUUAUUCCAAAAGGUGAAUGCCUGCCAUAUUUCAGCUUUGCAGAAAUAGCCAAAAGAGGAAUUGAAGGCGCCUAUAGCGACAACCCAAUAAUUCGACAUGCUUCCAUUGCCAAUAAGUGGAAAACCAUCCACCUCAUAAUGCACAGUGGAAUGAAUGCGACCACAAUACAUUUUAAUCUCACAUUUCAGAAUACAAAUGAUGAAGAGUUCAAAAUGCAGAUAAUAGUAGAAGUUGACACAAGAGAGGAAGCUAAAGUGAAUUCUACAACCCAGAAAUCUUACCAAAAUUUGGCUAGCCCCACAACACUUCUCCCAGAGGCAGAAAUCCUGUUUGAGGAUAUUCCUGAAGAAAAACGCUUUCCAAAGUUCAAGAGACAUGAUGGCAACACAACAGGAAGAUUCCAAGUGGAGAUGAAAAUUCCCCAAGUGAAUAUUUCACUCCUUCCAAAAGAGGCCCAGUUGAGUCUCAGUAACUUGGACUUGCAACUAGAACAUGGAGACAUCACUCUGAAAGGGUACAACCUGUCCAAGUCAGCUUUGCUGAGAUCAUUUCUGAAGAACUUACCAGAUGCUGAAGUAAAAAUAAAUGAAGCUGUAAUAACAGAUGAAAGAAAUGACAGUAUAGAGGCCCCGCUGGAAAAACAGGUUCACAAAAGCAUCUUGCCAUAUAGCUUGGGAACAUCUGAAAGAUUACAGAAGUCAACUUUUCCAGCAGCAACAAUAAAAGUGAAUGGCCACUACCAGAGUCAGAAUCCACCCCCGGACUUAGAAAUGGAAGGCAGAUUUAGAGCUGAAAUUCUGACCCAAGGAGUAAGAGGGAGAAGUGUGUCAAAAGAAAAGAAAAUCACAGAGAAAAAAGGAGAGCAGCAGAGAAUGGAGGAAAAUGUGAAAAAUCACGUAGAUGUUAAUGAAGUAUUACCUGGAAGAAAACUGCAGCAGCAUGUAGACAGUUACCUGGGCUUUUUGCCAUGGGAGAAAAGAAAGUAUUUCCAAGAUCUUCUUGAUGAAGAAGAGUCAUUGAAGACACAGUUGGCAUACUACACUGAUAGUAGACACACUGGGAGGCAACUGAAAGAUACAUUUGCAGAUUCCCUCCGAUAUGUAAAUAAAAUUCUUAACAGCAAGUUUGGAUUCACAUCUCGGAAAGUCCCUGCACACAUGCCUCACAUGAUUGACCGAAUUGUUAUGCAAGAACUCCAGGAUAUGUUUCCUGAGGAAUUUGACAAGACGUCAUUUCACAAAGUGCGCCAUUCUGAGGAUAUGCAGUUUGCCUUUUCAUAUUUUUAUUAUCUCAUGAGUGCAGUUCAGCCACUGAAUAUAUCUCAAGUUUUUGAUGAAGUUGAUACAGACCAAUCUGGUGUCUUAUCUGACAGAGAAAUCCGAACGCUGGCUACCAGAAUUCAUGACCUACCUUUAAGUUUGCAGGAUUUAACAGGUCUAGAACACAUGCUAAUAAAUUGCUCAAAAAUGCUUCCUGCUAAUAUCACUCAGUUAAGCAGCAUUCCACCAACUCAAGAAGCCUACUAUGACCCGAAUCUGCCACCAGUCACUAAGAGUCUAGUUACCAAUUGUAAACCAGUAACUGAUAAAAUCCACAAAGCAUAUAAGGACAAAAAUAAAUAUAGGUUUGAAAUCAUGGGAGAAGAAGAAAUUGCUUUUAAAAUGAUUCGUACCAAUGUUUCUCAUGUGGUCGGCCAGCUGGAUGACAUAAGAAAAAACCCCAGGAAGUUUGUUUGCCUGAAUGACAACAUUGACCACAAUCAUAAAGACGCCCAGACAGUGAAAGCUGUUCUCAGGGACUUCUAUGAAUCCAUGUUCCCCAUACCAUCCCAGUUUGAGCUUCCCAGAGAGUACCGAAACCGUUUCCUCCACAUGCAUGAGCUGCAGGAAUGGAGAGCGUAUAGAGACAAAUUGAAGUUUUGGACGCAUUGUGUACUAGCAACACUGAUUAUGUUUACUGUAUUCUCAUUUUUUGCUGAACAGUUAAUUGCACUUAAGCGGAAGAUAUUUCCCAGAAGGAGGAUACAGAAAGAAGCUAGUCCCGAUCGAAUCAGGGUAUAGAAGAUCUUCAUUUGAAAAUCAUCUACCUCAGCAUUCACUGAGCAUUUUAAAACUCAGCAUCAUAGAGAUGUCUUCGUGAUGUGAUGCGUAGCCAUCUUGGCCUGAAGAAGGAAAAGUAUCCAGCACAAUACUUGUUUUGUGGUGUGAAUAUAGCCUACUGACCAGUAAUUGUCUAAUCAAGACACAGAAAACGUGUGUGUUGAGCAGCUCUGAACUGGUUUUGCUUUUAAAGCAUUUGCUCAUGGACCCAUCAUUCUUUUAAUGAAAAGGCUCACUGACAAGAGACAGCUGCUAAGUUCCCAUAGCAACCAUUGCCAAUUAACUUUCACAUGAGAAGCCUACGCCAGCUUGGGAGCCAUUGCUAAGAGACCCUGGUCUUUGCAUUCCAAAGCCUUUUCCUGCGGUUUUAUCUUUUUGGUUUUUUUGGUUUUGUUUUUCCCAUUUCCUAUUUUUAAAAUAAGUAGCUACUAAGUUAACUAGUUACCCUUGCUUCCGAUGAUAAUGAAUUGGGAUACCUAAACACGUUUUUAUAGAUGUUAUUUAAAUAAUGCAACAAUAUCACCUCCUAUUGGCAAUACCUAAAUUAGGGAUUUUAUUAACAUUAAGACUGUAAGUGGUCAACUACUGAGGAGAUCAAUGACUGACAUCUGAAGAACUUUGUGCUUUUUUACUUCAGCCCCUAAGAAUGUGAUUUCAUGUGAAGGCCUAAUUACAAAGGGCUAGAGUUAAGUAGCAGAGCUACCUUUCAGAUGUAAUUAUGUUUUGGAAAUGUACAUAUCCAAACAGAAGUGCCUCACUUUAGAAAUGAGUAGUGCUGACGGUACUGGCCCAUUACAGUAGUGUCUUUUUUAAUUCUCAGUAUAAUUCUAGUAGUUGUCUCUUUCACCUGGUGUCAUAUAAUGUAGGGGUCAGCAAACUUUCUAUAAAAAGCCACAUCAUAAAUAUUUGCAGGCUAUAUGUCUCUCUGUUGAAUAUUCUUUAUUGUUUAGGUUUUUCUUUAACCUUUAUAAAUGUCAAAACCAUGUUUAGCUUGCAGCUGCACAAAAACAGGCCACCAGCUGAAUCUGGCCCCGAGACCAUUGUUAGCUGACCACUGAGAUAGAGAACUAGUUUUUUUUUUUUUUUUUUUUUUUUUUUUAAUGUAUGAGUAAACCCUGAUGUUCAGCUCUAUUUUAUUUAUAUCAUUAUAUGGUGGACUUCUGGAGACCAGAUUCUAUAAGUCCUUUUUGAACUCUAACAGGUAUUUUAGAUCAGGAUCUCAACAGUAUUCUUUCAAAAUGGCACACAUAUUUUGUAAAAAGAACUUGUAAUGUAAAUACUGUGUUUGUGCUAUAAGAGUUAAGUAUUUCAAAAUGUGAAGUCUCAUAAAAACUUAAAUUUUGUCUGAUGCUUUGACUUUUAAAUCUUUGAGGAAUGAGUUUAUUGUUAUCCAGAGUCCUAAUCAUGUUAGUGCUUAUACAGUGUAUCAGUGUCUACUGAACACUAUUGAAAAUAAAUGGAAAAUAGUGUAAGAGGGUAGUACUUAA